UAACUCCUGUGUUUUCUCAGAUGGCUGAGGGCGAUAAGAAGAAGAAGGCCCAUAAGCAUGGCAGCCGUAACCCGGUCCUGGUCCGGGGCAUUGGCCGCUAUUCCCGCUCGGCCAUGUACGCUCGCCGGGCCAUGUACAAGAGGAAGACUAAAGCUCCCGUGACGAAGGUUGAAAAGAAAAUAAAGGAGAAGACUCCCUCCACACUCACCAAAACUGUUGGCGGAGACAAAAAUGGAGGCACUCGUGUGGUCAAACUGCGCAAAAUGCCCCGUUAUUACCCCACAGAGGACGUGUCCCGUAAGCUGCGGAGUCACGGCAUCAAGCCCUUCUGUCAGCACCGCAGGAAACUGCGCAAGUCCAUCAGCCCCGGGACCGUCCUGAUCCUGCUGACCGGACGCCACCGCGGAAAGCGCGUGGUCUUCCUCAAGCAGCUGGGCACCGGUCUUCUCCUCGUCACCGGUCCUCUGGCUCUGAACCGAGUGCCACUGCGUAGAGCUCACCAGAAGUUCUGCAUCGCCACAACCACCAAAGUGGACAUCUCUAGCAUGAAGAUCCCCAAAACGCUGACCGACGCGUACUUCAAGAAGAAGAAGCUGAGGAGACCCAAGCACCAAGAGGGAGAGAUCUUUGACACAGAGAAAGAGAAGUACCAGUUGACGGAGCAGCGUAAGACUGACCAGAAAGCGGUGGAUUCUCAGCUGCUUCCUCUGAUCAAGAAGGUUCCUCAUCUUAAAGGAUACCUGCGCUCCACGUUCUGCCUGACUAACGGAGUCUAUCCACACAAACUGGUUUUCUAAAAUGCAAAUAAAAUGUCAACCCAGA